UUCUUUCAAAAAAAAAAAUAGGAAAUUUUUUUUUUCUCGUAAUGCCACCUUCAAAGUUAUAUCCAAAAUUGUCAAAAGAUUUGGAGAAUCUUUUAGAGAGCGGAUAUAAUCAUGAUGUCAUUAUACAAAUAGGCGAAGAAUCAACAUCAAAUGAAAUUAAAGAAUUUAAAGUACAUUCAUUAUUAUUAGGAACGAGAUCUUUAUAUUUUCGUUCUGCAUUAUCGAAUCAUUGGGCAAUUAAAAAAGAUGGAAUGAUUACCUUUAAAAAACCGAAUAUUUCUCCAAAAAUAUUUGAAAUAAUUAUUAGAUAUAUAUAUACAGGAGAAAUUGAUUUAGAACAACAAGAAAAUACAGAAAUUAUAAAAAUACUAGUGGCAUCAGAUGAAUUAAUAUUAGAAGAAUUAAUUGAGCAUAUACAGGAAUAUUUAAUUAAUGAACAAUCAUCGUGGUUACAAGAAAAUGUUUUAUAUGUUUUACGUAAAUUAUUAGGACAAGAAACUUGUAAAGUAUUACGCAACCAUUGUUUAGAAAUAAUUUGUCGUGAUCCUCAAAUUAUUUUCGACCCAAGAAUUUUUGAUUUACUAGACAAAAAUAUUCUAUUGAUGUUAAUUACUAGAGAUGAUCUUGCUAUUGAUGAAAUUAAAAUUUGGCAAAGAUUAAUUCAAUGGGGUUGUACUAGGAUUUCUUUUCCACCACCUAUACCUUCAUCUUAUUCUUCGUCUACGACAACAAUGGCAAUAAAAUAUAAUUUAAAGAAUUGGACUUCAACAGAAUUUGAAUCAUUAAAAGAUAUUCUUGCGGAUUUUAUUCCCCUAAUUAGAUUUUUUCACAUAUCACGGGAUGAUUUUCAUCAACAUAUUUAUCCUUUUAGAAAGAUUUUACCAAAAACUCUUAAACAAGAUUUAAUUUCUUAUUACGUUGCGUCAACUUAUAAACCAAUCUCAAAAAUUCUAUCACCUAGGGUACCGGCAUUUGAUUCAAUAAUUAUAUCUUACAAGCAUGCUAUAUUAAUUGAAAAUUGGAUAAGUAAAAAAGAUGAUGAUGAUAUAUUGCCUUCAUUUCGCUUUACAUCUUUAACAUCAGCUCCUACUUUUUCUUUUUAUCCUUCUUCAAGUCAAAAUCAAAAUCAAAAAUUACAUUAUGAAUGGCAUCUUUUAUAUAGGGCAAGCAGAGAUGAUUUUUCUGCUGAAUCAUUUCAUGCAAAAUGUGAUAAUCAAGGAGCAUGUGUUGUGGCAAUUAAAGUUAAAGAUCAAUCAAUUAUUUUGGGUGGUUAUAAUCCUAUAGGAUGGUUUUCAAGUAGUGGAUCACCAUCUUCAACUGAUUCCAGUUUUAUUUAUUAUUUAGAUUUAAACAUGUUUCCUUUAAAUUUCAAAUUAAGUAGAGUUUUACCAAAUAAAACUUAUCAAGCUAUUUACCAAUCUUCAAAAUAUGGUCCAAUAUUUGGAGCAGCUGAACUUUGUAUCUAUAGUAAUUGUGACAAAGUUAAGGGUUCAAAAUGUUUAACUCAUAAUAUUUACGAACAAAACAUUUUAUUUGGUGAAUUUUGUGUUGAGGAUUAUGAGGUGUUUAAAGUAAAUGUGGAUUAAGUUUGUUUCAUGAAAUAUAAGUGAAGUAUAUUGAUUUGCAAAGAAAUUAUUAAAAGUUAAUUAUUUAUUUCAAUUAGUAUAAAUUUGUAUUGUUAUAUUAUUAUUUCAGCAAUUUAUUGUAUAAAAAAUCUUUGUAGCCUAAUUUAUUUUUUUUUUUAUAA